GGAGUGUGUAAUGUACUGUGUGCGCGGAGAGUGCUGUGCUCUUAUCAACACACACGGGAAAGCACUUAAGGCGAGACGAGCAAAGUAGCAACAUGCACAAUACUAUGCUGAGAGAAGACGGAGAGGAACAGGACAAUGAGAAAUGAAGAUGUAGGAAGGAUGACUGUCCCGCGGCACCCCUGGCAGCGGGCAGCAGCAGCAGCAGCAGCAGCAGCAGCGGGCUCUAGGGCUUGGGCAGGGUGGCAGUCAGUCAGUGAGGAUCCGCCAAACGGGACGGACAUACGCUCGCUACUCCACGCCUUGCAGUCCACAUGCGUUCAAAGAUGGGAGGCCAAUCAAACGGUACCUGGACGCCCACCAAGAGACGCGGCCCCAUCGCUGCUGAGUUCUCCAGCCCCGGCCCGGCAGCCAUCGCCCUCAAGUCAUCCAUCGGGACGAGCAAUGCCAAUGUGGGUUCCCGCGCUCCGGCCUUCACCAUGGCCAGCCGCCACGAAUUGAAGCUGGACAAGGCGGGGCCUGGACCUGGCCAGUACAACGUGACUGGACUCUCAAACAAAGCAGGCAAGGAUGAGCCAGUAGCCGCGUCCAUGCACAUCCGCCCUAAGGACCCCAAGGCGUACGUGACCCCCGCCCCCUGCGACUACUCCCCGGACAAGGCUGAGGCCAAGGUGGUGGAGACCUCUCCUUCCUUCUCUUUCGGCAUCAAGGUGGAGAACGGCCGUGCUUCUGACGCCCCUGCUCCCAACAGCUACAACAUCCCCUCACUGUUGGGCUCCACGAAGGAAGGCUCGAAGCAAUCCGCCCCGAGCUUCACCAUGUCUGCCAGGGCGCGGGACGAGGAGGACAAAAUGAAGGUACCAGGGCCUGGCAGCUACAACGACGCCACGGUGGACAAAUACAAAACGAUCAAGAGCCCCAGUUUCAGCAUGGGCCAGCGCACCACCAUCCCCUCCGACCACACCAUGAAGCCAGGUCCGGGCGCUCACUGCCCCGAGAAGUACCAGGACAACGGCCCCGCCUUCACCAUGGCAGCGCGCAUCGAAGACUCCGGCGAUAAGAUGAAGGUGCCUGGCCCUGGAACUUACGAUUCUGGUGAUCUUGACAAGUGCAAAGAGAAGCUCCCCGCCUUCACCAUGUCCCCGAAGACCGUCCUGCCCACUGACAACACACCCAAGCCCGCACCCAACGCAUACGCCCCAGAAAAGUACGCGCCAUCGGGCCCCAAAUUCACGAUGGCGGCGAGACUUCCAGACGACGUAGAUAAGAUGAAGGUGCCGGGCCCGGGAACCUACGAAGCCGGGGACCUGGACAAGAGCCGCGAGAGCCAGCCAGCCUUCACCAUGGCGCCCAAGACAACCCUGCCGGGCGACCGCACGCAGAAACCCGCCCCGAACGCCUACUCGCCCGACAAAAGCGAGUCGUCGGAGAUCCCAAGCACCCCUCACUUCAGCUUCGGCAUCAAGCACUCCGUAUACCUGGGCAAGCUGCGUGACCAGUAAGUCACCGCACCUCGCUCCGCCUCGCCCUGAACAGCCCAACCCACCCCGGACAGCCCACCACAAUCUACCACAACCCACCACAGCCCCUGAAAGCCCAACGCCGUCCACUCCAGCCCUGUGUCAGCCCACCAAUAUCCAGCUCACUUAUCCAGUUCCGUGUAAUCAAGACCAGUCCAGCCCAGUUUUAAGUCUUAGACAGACCUAGUUAAGCCCGAGUCCACCCCAGGUCCUGCCCAUGCCCUGUUCCCCGCAGUCCAGCCCAGCCCAGCCUACGGACAAGCUUCGAUUUCAUGAAGUAGAACGAAGAGGGAUUUUUCUGUGUUUUCUAUAGAAUUAAAAAAAAAAAAAAUCGUUGUAAAAUGGUCCAAAUUAGGGGUUACGUAUUUUGAUGCUAACCUUAUUUUCUAGUAAUUACUAUAUACAUUGAGUGAAAACAAGAUACAUAGUUGAAAUCGAGCUUUAAAAAGUACUUCAUUCAUUGUACUGAGAUAUAUUUUUAUACAAGGGAGCGAGCAGCCUGAUAUUCAUGGUGAUAACGUAAACAGAUAAGAGAGAUUUUCCAGCACUGCCAUCUAGUGAGAAAACUGAGAGAGAACUUUAUGCUCUUCACCCGAGGCUCGCGUCGCCUCCCGGGGGAUCAGCGUCACCCAACCACGUGUUACUGUCGCACCUAUUAUUAAACUGUUGACACCACCACUCAUUCUAGUGAACUAAGAGGAAAUUCACAGAAGAGCAUCAUAUUCCAUUAACGUCCUCUUGCCUUAUACAUACAUAGUCCUCACGGCAUCCAUCCAUCUGUGUGACAAGCGAGAGGAGACACUCCAGUCAGUCAGUCAGUCAGUCUGAGUCACGCUCGCCCUCAACCAUUGCUGUUCACGUUCAGACACAACGCAUUGUCUCACACGCAUUGAAUCAUUACUGAACAUUCAUUUAAUGAGUAAGAUGUCAUGCUUAGAGUCUACUUCGAUAGCUGUGUUUUCUAAUGCCUCGACUUAGGAAGUAGUGGGAGCUUCAGUGGUCCUUACCAAGCACCUUGUCAACUUUCCGGCUCGCUAUUACGGUGAUAUGAUCAAAAGAUGUGCUUUGUAGGUAAGGAUCACAUCAUUAUUGUAAUUUUCUAGCAGUAUGGCUCGUUUGUUAUUAGAAACCACGUGUUAGAUUUCUUGUGUGAUAACUUGGGAACUGCGAACACCGUCUCCGAGCUUGACUGCCUUUCUUCCUGUAACUGUGUAGGGUCUUAAUCCGUUUCUUGGCAGGAGAUCUCAUUUAGCGCAGUUAGGUAGAGGCUUGUUUGCCUGUUUAAUAAAUGAGUUUCCAUACUUUUUUUCUCUCGCCGCAGGGUAAUCAGGUUAUGCCUAUUCAUUCCUUUAACAUGUUAAGCUCAUUGUGUUUACUAUUAAAAAGAAUGUAUGUACACGUUGGACAAAUCUUCAACUAAGAAUUGACUCAAACAAA